AUUUUACACUUUAUUUUCGAUAAAGUUCGAUUUGAGUUGUAAUACUAUUUAUUAAUAUUAUUUGAACAGAAAUUUUAGAAACUCUCCCCAUGAAUGCUGGCAUUCCUUACGGCAGGGAUAUGGGCCCUGGGUUGGGCGGGCCUAUGUUUAACCCCAAGACGAUUCUUUACAGCAUGUUAUCGAAGGCACCUCACUUCUUAAUGAAUUCGUUAGAUUCCAUUAUUCUAGGUAUUAUGGCAGCCUACGUAGUGUUAAUCAUCUUCCUAGGGGGGUCGAAUUUUUUCGUUCGUAUCUUCAGGAUCGCAUUCGUGGUGGGCAUAGGGUAUGGUCUUGGACGGUUAUUACGAUUAAUUCUUUUCUAUAGCGAGCGCAUAUUUUUAUCGUCGUCUUUUGAAAACGUCGAGAGGAAACCUGGUGGAACUGGAAAUAAUAGCCUGUUGUCGACCAAAACGAGGGCAAAGGAUUCCCUUAUUACCAAUAAGCGCUUAGAAGAUGAGUCUAAUCAAAGAGUCGUAGAGAUGGACUAGUCGAUGCGCAUUUUCCACACUUAACUAUUAAGACAAAAUAAUCUGCGCAAAACCGAUAAUAAUACUAUCACUAA